ACGUAAAAGUAUAGGACCAAAUCGGUAAUUUCCCCAAACUUGAAAGAGCUUUAUUGGAAUGCCAUUAUGCCCCCACAAAGUUUGGACACUUCUCAAUUCGGCCCAUGAAGUUUUGACAAUUUGCCCCCCAGAGUUUCAACGUCUUAGUCUUCUUUCUGUUGGUGUAGAGGUUAUAGGGAGCUGGCACGACUCGCCCAAUUAUCGGGAAGUAACCGAACCCCACUGUCAUCGCCACUUAUCCGGUCAUUAAAAGCCUUUCGUGCCUAAUCAGAGACAUGCUCUUGGUAUGUCUCUUAAGAGUAGCGCACGAAGUGGACAGUGUCCGACACAUUCGAGGGAUACAGCGGUGGUCAGAACACAUGAUGUGCUAAUAGGGAAGAAACGCGAUUUUGUGGUACGGUGACAUGGAACCGACCUGAACGCUUAGCAGUACUAGCUAGUAGCCGGGGCAUGAAAAGGAUGUUGCCCACCAAACACAAAUCUUCCUCUCUAAAUAUAUAGGCAGUUUUCUGGUUUGUUACAGUUAAUCCACUUGACUCUCACUUUUGCGCACAUUCUAUUGUUGAUAUAUACAUAAAACAACUUCAUUGUUUUCCAUUAAUCUCUAAGAGGAAUAUGGAAGUUAGAGAAGAGAAUCAGAUUGAAGACAUUUCUUCGUUGCCCUCUUCCACAGUGGGGCGUAUGCAGAUCGAGGGGAGCAGCAUGUAUUCGGAGGUCGAUGUAGAGUACGGAACAUUGAACACCAACAGAGAUCAACCUCUUCCAAUAUAUCUCAAGUUUGCAGAUGUCCGGUACAAGGUGAGAAUCAGCCAUGCUGCUUCCCCGAGGAAUGUGGUUAAGACAGUUACGUCAAGAGUGACCCUAUCGGCAGAGCCAAACAAGGACCAAGACAGCUACAAGCAUAUCCUGAAAGGAAUAACAGGGAGUGUGGGUUCAGGGGAAAUUCUUGCCCUAAUGGGGCCUUCAGGAAGUGGAAAGACAACCUUAUUGAGGGUAAUAGGAGGAAGGUUGCUUGACAAUGCCGCCGGAACUGUUACUUUCAAUGACGUUCCUUAUACUCCAGCUCUCAAGAGGAGAAUUGGAUUUGUGACUCAAGAUGACAUGCUAUUGCCACAAUUAACAGUAGAAGAAACCUUAACUUUUGCUGCUUUUCUAAGACUAUCUAGCCACCUGAGCCGCAAACAGAAACGCAACAGAGUGGAUACAAUCAUCAAGGAGCUUGGCCUUGAAAGAUGCCGGAACACGAGAGUAGGAGGAGCAUUUGACAAAGGGAUAUCAGGAGGGGAGAGAAAGAGGACGAGCAUUGGCCAUGAAAUCCUAGUCGAUCCUUCACUUUUGUUGCUCGAUGAGCCGACUUCCGGCCUUGAUUCCACAUCCGCCAACAGGAUUCUCCAAAUACUUCAAGGACUUGCCAAGGCAGGGAGGACAAUAAUCACAACAAUACACCAACCAUCGAGUAGAAUGUUUCACAUGUUCGACAAGCUUCUGCUCAUAUCGGAAGGCUACCCCAUUUACUACGGGAGGGCUAGAGACUCCCUCGAAUAUUUCUCGUCAAUGCGGUUCAUUCCUCAGAUCGCGAUGAACCCCGCAGAAUUUCUGCUUGAUCUUGCAACCGGACAGGUAAACGACAUCAGCAUCCCCGAUGAUCUGUCUGGAAUUCGAGCAGUCGCCUAUCCAGAGAAGGCCAUAAUCAGAUAUCUUCAGCUCAAGUACAGUGCACAGUUGGAGCCGAUGGAACGGGUGAACCAUCAAGCAGUACAGGCACCAGAGCAGCUCCGGAAAGCAAUUCAGGUGAAGAAGGACUGGACAAUGACAUGGUGGGAACAAUUCCAGAUACUGUCAAAGAGGACAUUCAAAGAGAGGUGUAGUGAUUAUUUUGACGCCCUCAGAUUAAUCCAAGCCCUCGGAGUUGCUCUCUUGCUGGGCAUGCUCUGGUGGAAUUCCAAAUCCGCCACCGAGGCCCAACUUCGAGACCAGGUCGGGUUAAUGUACUACAUCUGCAUAUUCUGGACGUCAUCAUCGCUGUUCGGGGCAGUGUACGUGUUUCCCUUCGAGAAGGUGUAUCUGGUGAAGGAGAGGAGAGCCGACAUGUACCGGAUGAGCGUGUAUUACGCGUGCAGCACGCUGUGUGACAUGAUCGCCCAUGUGUUCUACCCAGCCUCCUUCAUGGUCAUCAUCUAUUUUAUGGCCGGCUUCAAGAGAACUUUCCCUUGCUUCCUCCUCACCGUGCUUGCGAUAAUACUGAUCGCGAUCACCAGCGAGGGGGCAGGGGAAUUUUUCGGGGCAGCAGUGAUGAGUGUCAAGAGUGCAGGCAUGGCUGCUUCUCUGGUGCUCAUGCUAUUCCUCCUCACUGGAGGUUAUUAUGUCCAGCAUAUCCCAGCAUUUGUACAGUGGCUGAAGUACCUGUCCUUCAUGUACCACGGGUUCCGGCUCCUCCUGAAAGUCCAGUACUCCGGAGACCAGCUGUACGAAUGCCAGAGCCGAGGCGGAUGCCGACCCCUCCAGAGUUCGCCUUCAUUCGACACUGUCAGUCUGGAUGGUGGCCUUCAGGAGGUGUGGAUCCUUCUAGCCAUGGCUAUUGGGUACAGGAUCUGUGCCUACAUCUGCCUUCGGUGGAAGAUCAACAAGAGCACCCUGUGAACGAUAAGGGUUCAAGCAAAUACACGGUUUAUAUCAUAACAGGAGAAACUCAUCUCGACUGCAUUUGGUGGCUCGCGACGGACUUAUGCUGUUGUGGGCCUAAAAUGAGUUUUGGUUUUCACAAUAUGACCUUAUAGUUGAUAUUAGCUCGACCUGAAUAAACUGCUACUUUUUUUGAGACGUAAUCGGGUUACAGCACGAUGUAAUGAGUAGAGUAAGGCUUGUGAAUUUAGUCCGAGAUGAACAGCGAGACCUCAUGAUUAGUAUCAUUAAUAUUUCCAUCAAAUCGCUUAUGAUAUAAA